GCCAACUCGGGUACUUUGAUCAUCUCGGAAUUAAUUACGUCUGCGGGAAGUAUCGAAUCCCCAACUGCCGUUGAACCACCCAGCCUGUUAUCCGCAUACUCCAGCGAUCGUGAAGCCAACGCCAAAUCUGCUGGUCAUCAAUCAUUUGGCCUCGAUAAUCAGUUAAGGUUGACGAGGCCAAACCAGGUCCACCUUCCUUGGCCAGCGCAACAACACUCUCAACGACUCCAUAAACAACAAUAUGUAGCACUGGCAAUCCCGGCUACAGGCCACCUAGACAUCCGGGAACCGACUAGUGGACAUACAAAUAUAAUUUCCGACUUAAGCCUAAUUAGGGCAGGGGGCGGCCAGACUUUCCUUGUCUCCGCUUCGAUGGAUGGAAGUAUAAAAUUCUGGAAGUGA